AUGCAAAGAUCUUAUACUACGUACAUAAACUUAUAUUAUGAAUGCACCUUUGUAAAUUGUCUGUGCAUGUGUCAGACAACGAAAUUGGAAGUUGGAGUGGAAAAACUUCAAUGCGAACCUUGUGGCCAUGAACUCAUGCGACGUCUUAACAAUCCACACGAACAAUUUAAACGACUGAAGAACUUAAGAGAAAUUAUAAAGAGUGAAAUCGAUUCUAGUGAGAACAAAUUCAUGCAACCAGCAUUUAAAACGAGAAUAGCCUUACAUUGUUCUUAA